AUGGGAGAAACUGAAUUGAGACAAGAACGUGUACUUGAUCUUUUUCUUGUCAUCACCAUCGCGGAAAUCACAUUGGACAAACUCUGGUUGGUGAGUUCUCUGAACCUUUUGAUUGAGACGUUAUGUUCUUCGAAUUCUUCCUACUUUAUGGCUGUUUUACAUUAUAUCAUCGUCGGAGUCGAUAAACCUUCGACUGAGAGUUCCGAUCAAGGUCAGUUGAAGCUCCUCCAUCGACCUGGUAGUGAGCGAGUUGAGAGUUUGAGAGAGUGA